GAGGAGGAGCCCCGCCAGAAGGCAAAGCAGCCCAAUGGCUUAGGCUCGCCAGCCCCUCUACUCCGCUGCCCUCGUUCUUCCGCGGAGAGGCAAGCCGGGUCCCGGAGCCUCUGAGGCGGUGACUAGUCUGCCCGCCCCCAGGAGAGCCCUGGCCCCAAGGACUUGCCCGCUCGGCCUCUUCUUCUUGGCAAGGUCAUCCUCCCCGGCCCUUCUUGGCCUCCGCCCUCGCCCCCGGAGCCCUCUCCUUGCCCGGGCCGCCCUCCUCCUGAUGGGGCCGGGGGCUGAGGCGGGCCCCGGGCUCCCUGAGAGGGCUGGGGGCUCUGGCCCAUCAGGAGGAGGAAGAGGAGGAGGAGGAGGCGCCCCGGGGCGAGGAGGAUGAGGAGGAGGGCGGCCAGGGGGGCGCCGCCAGAGGAAGAGGAGGAGGAGGAGGAAGAGGGGGAGGCCAAGAGCCAAGGCACCGCCGGCAGAAGCCGAAGCGAGAGGGGCUCCCCGGGGCCCUAGUCUGAAGAGAGCCCCCGCCGCGUCCCCCUCGCUCUCUCCGCUUGGCCUGCCGCUGGGACGGAACUCUUCCCGCCUUCGCCCUCCAGGGACAGGCUCUCGGGGCAGCCAUCGGGGGCAGCAGGGGGCUCCCGGCUUUCCUUCCUUCGCUGCUUGCGGGCGCCUGCCUUCCCAGGAUGGGCGACGGCUCUCCUCCGGAGGCCAGCCGAGGGAGCCACCCUUCUCCCGCCGUGGCCGCCUCCUCCGACGCCGAAGCCAUCGAGGUCCUGGACACCGAGGAGGGGCUGCCCAUGGCCCCCGAGGACGACAAUGAUAGAGUUGGAAGGAACCAAAGUUCAUCUUCUCCAACCUGCUGCCCAAAGGCAAAGCUGCCCAACCACCAGCCCCCCACAGAGCAACCUUUGCUGUCCAGAACACAGUGUGACACAAGCAGAGGGCAGAAGCACAUCAGAAAGCACUGGAAAGCUCUGUUUGAUCAGUUUGACCCUGAAAACACUGGCUACAUAAGCACAGAGAAGUUUCGAAACCUUCUGCAAAGACAUGGCUCUGAGCUGGAUCCACAUAAACUAGAAGUGCUUUUGGCCUUGGCAGACAACAAUUCUGAUGGGAAGAUCUGCUAUCAAGACUUCGUCAAUUUGAUGAGUAACAAAAGGUCCAACAGCUUUCGCCAAGCCAUUUUGCAAGGGAACAGGAGGUUGUGCAGCAAGGCACUGUUAGAGGAGACGGGACUUAGCCUUUCACAGCGGCUCAUUCGACAUGUAGCAUAUGAGACUUUGCCACGCGAGAUAGAUCGGAAGUGGUAUUAUGACAGCUACACCUGCUGCCCUCCACCUUGGUUCAUGAUUGCCAUUACCAUUGUAGAGGUUGCCUUCUUUAUUUACAAUGGAGUGGUAUUGGAUAGGUUUGUGUUGCAAGUCACCCACCCCUUAUAUCUGAAGAACUCAUUGUUAUAUCAUCCUCAGCUCCGUGCUCAGGCCUGGAGGUACCUCACAUACAUAUUCAUGCAUGCAGGGAUAGAGCACCUUGGACUCAAUGUAGUUCUUCAACUGCUAGUUGGAGUUCCCCUUGAAAUGGUACAUGGUGCUGCAAGAAUUGGAUUUGUCUACAUCGCUGGAGUAUUAGCAGGUUCCUUGGCAGUGUCCGUUGCUGAUAUGACUGCCCCUGUUGUGGGUUCAUCUGGAGGAGUGUAUGCUCUUAUAUCUGCCCACCUAGCAAACAUAGUAAUGAAUUGGUCAGGAAUGAAGUGCCAAUUCAAGCUGUUGCGCAUGGCUGUUGCCUUGAUCUGUAUGAGCUUUGAAUUUGGACGAGCGGUGUGGUUGAGAUUCUACCCAUCUGCUUAUCCUCCAUGCCCACAUCCAAGUUUUGUCGCUCACCUUGGUGGGGUGGCUGUUGGAAUCACCCUUGGUGUGGUCAUUCUAAGGAACUAUGAGCAGAGACUCCAAGACCAGUCCUUAUGGUGGAUCUUUGUCUCCAUGUAUGUGGUGUUUGUACUCUUUGCCAUAUUCUGGAACAUUUUUGCCUAUAGCCUCUUGGACUUGAAACUACCUCCACCUCCUUGAGAGCUUAGACUGAGGAAUUGUCAAGGACAAAUGGAUGAUUUCCCAUCUUCCAGCUCCACUGGGGGUAAAAUGAAACCUGAGGAUUUAUUUUUGUAUGAAGAUUAUAGGAUAUAAACAAAUCCAUCUUCUGGAAAGGCACAGUUUGAGAAGGUCCAGAUGAAGGAUGACCAUACUACUGAAACAAAGGUGACUUGUUGACUUGAACAAGGACUGGUCAAUUGAAACUUGCUUUGAAGAUAUGUGGACAUACCAAUUUACAGGUGUCACAGUAUUUCAUUAGAGCCAAGCCUUGUAUCCCUUGCUCACAAAGGUAGUUUGGUGCUGAUCUCAUGAGAAAGGGCUGAUGAUUUAGCUCUAUAUUUAUGUAAGUGGGCGCUUCUUCUCAUCACACCUAUUGAUUAAUGUUUAUGCACACGGUGAAGUUUUGCCUACAUUUUCCCAGGUUAAUUUUCUAUUGCAUCUGCACUUAGAAGCUUUGUGGCCAUGGGGAAGACCCAUUUCUUUCUUUAACUGAUGAGAUAAACUAAAAGGACACUUGGCCCAGGCUGCUUGGUUUGCUUUUAAUUGAUAGACCAGGCAAUACAUACCAUAUGGUUACUAAUGCCCUGCAAACCUAAGGAAUGUAUCACAUGGAAAGUUCUAGAUGGUUUGAUAUAUAUGGGUCUAUGGGAAGUGGCCACUUUUCAGUUAAAGGACAAACCAAAUGCAAUGAAAGAUCUGAAGGUGCUUUAACCAGAUUGCUAAAUACAACUGCACAUUUAAUUUUUGCAGUUGGUGACUGGGUUUUUAUUUGUCAUAGCAAAUUGAUUGAAUAUUAUGUCUUUUUUUGUUGACAAUCACGUCCUUUCUUUUGGCCUUUAUUUUCUUCCUUGGUCCUCCUAAGGCAUUUUUAAAGCAGGGACUAUUCUGUGACUGGAUAACAGAGAUGCUGGGAGGGAGAGGGUAUUGCAUGGAGAUGCUGGAAGUUGGAGCUGACUGUGGCAUGCAACCUGUGCUGCACUCUCUAGGCUAGCAUGCUGCCCUCAAGUAGGAUGGAAACUAUUGUUCCAUUGUCAGCUUCUGGACAUGGAAUGGGUUGCUGAGGCAGCAUAAUAUCUUGUACCAGCCAUACUAGAAAGAUAUUACCAGAGUUUGGGUUUUUUAAGUUGACGAUGCCCUUCCACAACAUUAUACCUCACACAACCUUAUGGAUGCCUCUAAAUUUUUGGUCACUACUAAUCUAUGGCACUGUACAAGCUCUGCACUUACCUUUAUUUUUGAUGGGUAGAUUGAGCAACAUCUGCUAGGUUUUGUUUGGAAAAUGUGAAUGUGGUUCCUUUGCCUAAUGUAUUGUAAAAGUAGGCAUUUUUAAAAAUCUCUCAUACUUUAAUGGGUCAGGGAUAUAUUUGACAAGAGUACCUCAGUUAUGGCCUAGUUCCCGUGGAAGUAAUAAAAAGUGAUUAGUAUGUGUGCCAUAUCAAAACAACAGGUGGCAAAUGAUGUGACUGAAUUCUUCCAUGUGGGGGGAAAUAAUUGCACAUAGAAAGUUAGGGGUCAGGAGAAAACAAUGCUACAGCUGUUCUCCUUGAUAGCUAGUUCUCUGUGAGGAAUAAUUUAUUUCUUUUUGUGCAGAGCAGCAUUUUGUCCUAAGUCCUCCCCCAUCUGAUCUUUGCAAUGCUGCAGUCCAAACACACUUUGACCAUUGAAGUGAGAGAUGCUCCUUAGAGUUCAGGUGUUCUGCACAAGGAAGUUGCUUCAGAGAGUGGUAACAACUGAUGAUGUUUUUCCUUCUGCAGAUUAGUUUUAUUCUGAACACCAGUAAAAACAGGGCUAUCUCAGUGCCCUAUCUAAGAAAUAGGCCUUCUUCCUGGAGAUGACACCUGUGUAACUGCUGAAACUGAAACUAGGAGUGUAUCUUACAAGAGGGUAUGCAACUUGGUACCCAAGAGAACCUAAAACCAGUUGUUGAGCCAAGUAAUCCUGGAUUCCUGGCAAGUGUAUUUGUGUUUGUAGGAUACAUGUUUGUUGCAUUCACACUUUACAGUUGUGUCACAUGCUAAAGAGUGGUGAAGAACCAAUUAUCUUCCAGAUGUUUUGGACUACCACGCCUGUAAUUCCUUAGCACUAGCCAUGGAGAUUUGGACAUCUAGGAGUUGGGAGUCCAAGAUAUCUGGAAGGUGGAAGAUAUCUGGAAAAGUUCUCCACUUGUGUGCUAAAAACAAAUCUUAGGUGGAUAUCUAAAAAUGUAAUGUGUGAACAGGUCCUUUAGGCAGCAAACUAGCAUAUAGUUCCUGGGAAAUGGGGUAAGUUGUUAGGUGCCUAUACUUGGAAUACUGUGCCAGCUGAAUUUAGCUAAUGUACCUGAAGCACUUCAUGCAGUUUAUGCAAACCACACAGGAAACAUAGGACAGCAAAAUACCGUUGGUGCAGUGCAGGUAAGCUGUUCCUUCACUUCUCUGGCAUUCAGUUUGCAGAACAGUAAGCACACUCAGAACUAGUACUAGCAUACCAGGCCAGGAAUGUAUUGGGAUAAGGGAAAAGGAAAUUUCUACUAGCUUUUCUUUCUUUCAAUUUUUUUCCGCUAUAGUGUGUUAUAUAUUCAUUCAUUGAUAAAGUGGUGUGGAUUUGCCUCAUUCUGUUUCUCAUCUAGUGAUGGCCAAACACUCCACAGCUCAACCUGGAAUCAGUUCAACAAACAAGCAUUCUCACAAACUUUUCUGGGAAACAAAAAGGCUUAAUCUAAUUCUCUACUGGCUUGUAAUAUUAGCACAUGGGCACUAAUGAGACUGAGCAGAUGUACCUAUUUGUAUGGUUCCUGGGAAUUAUUCGCUCCCAGCAUCAGCCAUGGCAGAGAGCCACUUGGAAAUUCAUCCAUGAAUAUCUGAAAAGAGCCAUGCCACAAACUAAGUUUUGAGUUUUAGAUUGGGAGCAGGGAGGAAAACAUAUGGUUAAAGAGCUAUUGUGCAUGUGUCUGCAAAGCAGCUGCUAGUUUACUGAGUGCACAUGCAUAGGGUUUAAUCUUAUAUAGCCAGCCAGAGAAGAGCCUUUGGGGGACAGCUACUUGCUUCAUACUGCAACCAAAGUGUUAUGAGACAGAUUAAUAACUAUUUUGAAUCAGGUUAUUAACAGUGUCAGUGGUGUCACCAGACUCUCUUCUUAUUAAGCAGACUGGACUUCACCAAAUAUGCAGGAUGGCCUCUAUGACUGGGAACAAGUAGCAUAGCCAAAUCCAUGUUGCACAUCAGUACACUUGCCAAAUAAACAGGAACCGCAGAGAUACAUUUUAUUUGUACUGAGAUGGAUAGAGUCCUGUAGAGUCCUUCUAAGGGAUUGCUUCUACUGCUAAAUAAAAAACAAAAAUUGCACAGACCAGAAAUCUGACUCUUUAGAACUGACAAAAAGAUACAACAGGGGGAAAAAACAGAAUUUUGAGAUUGUCAUACCAGUGUUUGGAUUUCCUCUUGAUGAGCCCACAGAUUGUUGCCAUGGACAAGCUUAGGCUUUUGAGUGAUUUGAACAGGGUUUGGCACCAUUCUCAUUAAUGAGUUUAUGUCAAAUCCUUUUUGCCGUCAUAGGCUUUUUGCGUUUAUAAAGCUAGUGCUUCAGAUUCUCCACAAGUAAAACCAAAUACUGUACAGUAACACUAUGGUUGUUUUCCCUAUGAGUGGGUGGUACAUUCAAGCAGUUACUUUCUUAGUAGUGAAAUACCUGUUGUAAUGAGAGAGGGGUGUAUGGAGUGUUUAUCUAUUGUAGAAAAAUUCUUAGGGAUGGGCAGAAUGUGCUAUACAGCCAACAUGCAGCCCUCAAGGCCUUUUUAUUGUAGUCCCAUGUUCCUCCUAGAGUCCUCCCAAUAUAUAUAUAUAUAUAGAGAGAGAGAGAGAGAGAGAGAGAGAGAGUGAAAAAAUGGAGUUGCAGCUAUUUUAAACCACAGGCUAAUAUGUGGUUAGAUGAACAUGCUUUGUUUUAUUUCCCCCCAAAACAGAAAGCAUGCAAACAAUCUUGAGGCCAGUGGUAUGUCCCAGGAGGACAAGAUUUGCUCCCAGACCUGCCAGCACUAUUCAACCUUGAUCAGUGGGACAACAUCAAGAGGGGAAAAUGUGAUUAUAGUGUAGCACUUUAGGGGGCAGAAUCCUAUUAGUGGCUUAUGCAUAAAUCUUUUCAAAUGGGGCAUGGGGGCUGUUGUUUUGCCUUUGCACUCCAUCCACAGCUCCAAAGCUUCAGGUAAGGUGGCUGCUGCUGCUGCUAUUCCUGCUAUUCCUUACUGGCAAAGAGGGGAGGGCAGGGAAGAGGGAGGCAAUUCAGAGGAGAAUGCAGUUGUUCUUUGCUUUGAAAGGAAGGAAAAGGAACUUGGGAGCACAUCCUCAUUUCAUCCCCCCUUUGGUCCAGCUGCAUCUUCCUCCUCUGAACUGCCACAUUCCUCCCUAUUAAUUUGGUAAGGGACAGUCUCAAUGGCACCUCAUGGGUCUUAAGGGGAGGGGAUAUGGAGCUAUGCUGUCAGAAUACUUUGUAACAGCUGCUUGGCAUAGGUUUACCCAUAGAUGUUAAUGAUUAGCUAAAACACAGCCCAAAAGAAGGUAUAAAGACACCUGGGUGUAGAGCUGAACCUCUCAGCUGCCUGUGGUGCUCCCAGGACCUGGGGAGAGGUGGAACAUGCAGCCCCCUCUUCACUCUAUUCCAGGUUACGCCCUGUUUACUUUAUCCCAUUGGAUGUCAUCAUAGAUAUGAUGAUGGCAAUGCUCCACAGGCAUAGGAAAGAGAGUCUGGGUCCAUUUUCAACAUCACAAGGAUGAGGAGUGCAGAUCUUUUCCUCCACCCCAAUGUCGGUUCACAUUUCCCCUGACCCAGUUUGCUGUACAAACUAUUCUCCCUCGCCCUGCAAGCUCAUCAAGGCAAACAGCCAUAGAAGCUAUGGGGAGAUACUAUCAAUAAGAUAAAUGAGGAGUCUUCGUGCACCAUGUUCAUUAAUAAGGUGGCAAAGGCUUUAUAUGGAUCUAUCCUGUAUUUUCUUGGAUUUGUUGGUCAUACUAAAGCAGGUAACCUAGUGUCCUCCAGAAGUUUUAAAACGACAGCUUCCAUAAUUCCCAAACAUUCGCUGUGCUGGCUGGGGCUCAUUAAAUUUUUAGUGCAAAUUCUGUGGCAGGAAUAAGGUUUCCUACCCCUGUCCUAGAAUCAAAGAGUUGGAAGAGACCUUAAGGGCCACCCAGUCCAACCCCCUGCCAUGCAGCAAAUCACAACCAAAGUACCCCCGACAGAUGGUCAUCGAGCCUCUGUUUAAAAACCUCCAAAGAAGGAGGCUCUACCACUCUCCCAGGGAGUGUGCUCCACCAUCAAACAUCACUUACCGUCAGGAGGUUCUUCUGGAUGUUGAGGUGGAGUCUCUUUCCCUGUAGUUUGCUUGUCACUAGAGCAGUGAGUAACAGAGCCUGUUAACCAUCAUUGAUGCACCAUCCAUCCCCUUUUCCUCCUACUUCUGGGUCAGUGUUUGCAAUAGUGCCUGUGCAUAAUCACUGUAGAACAUAAUGAUACCUACUAUGUUGGGGAAGACCUACAAGUGGCAGUGCUGUGUGGCUGUUAGUUGCACAACUAGAGGCACAUUACUGUCUGUUUUUGCCAAUGGGAUGGACAUUUUGCUUCCAUAGGUA